CUGGGCGAGGAUGAAGAUAAAGCCUGCUAAGUCCAGGAGCCUGUCCAUCAGGAAGGGUGUGAGAGAUGACAGGACAGUCUUCACAGCAGGAGGUGAGAAGAUUCCACUCCUGGCAGAGCAGCCCAUCCGAAGCCUCGGGAGGGAGUAUACAGCAGAGCUUUCGGACAGGCAGAUGGGGAGGGUGGUCCAGAAACAACUAAAAGAGGGGCUCGUAAGGAUCGACGGCAGCCAACUUCCUGGGAAGCUGAAGGUUUGGUGUUACCACUUCACACUUUUCCACCGCGUAAUGUGGCCGCUGAAAGUAGCCGAAAUUCCAUCUUCUCAGGCCAGCAAGAUGGACAGCAUCGCCAACGGUUAUAUCAGGAAGUGGCUGGGCCUCCCCCGCUGUUUCUCGGACACAGGUCUUUUCGGCAAGAACAUUCUGCAACUUCCUCUGAAGUCAAUCAAUCUGGGUUACAAGCAGGAGAAGACUCGCCUUGUACUGGAAUUGAGGGAAUCAAGAGACGAAGCUGUGAAGAGUGCAGCGGUGACUGUCCGCACUGGACGAAAGUGGAAGGCUCAGGUGGAAGUGGACCAAGCUGUCUCAAGGCUGAAGUACAAGGAGAUUCUGGGAAGAGUCCAAGACAGCCGGGCAGGACUGGGAUGGGGGCAACCAGUCCAGUUCUGGUCCAAAGCCACGAGACAGCAGAGGAAGGCCAUGGUGGUGGAAGAGGUCACACAAGUGGCGCAAGACCAGUAUUGGAUCAAGGCCGUAUCCCAGGGAAAACAGGGGGCAUGGACUCGCUGGGAGGAUACCAUCAAAAGAGUCAUAACCUGGGCCGACAUCUGGCGAACUCCUCAAUCUCGGCUUAGCUUCCUCGUGAGGGCAGCGUAUGACACCCUGCCAUGCCCUCGAAACCUCGCCCAAUGGUUCGGAAGCGAGGGCAAGUGCUCCCUGUGCAGCAAAGACAAUGCAGGACUCAAGCAUAUCCUUUCAGGUUGCAACGUCGCGCUGACGCAGGGACGCUUCCGGUGGCGACACAAUCAGGUGCUGAGGAAGUUGGCAGAGCUGUUGGAGAGAUGCAGAGUCGGGGCAAACAACGCCACAGAUCGCCAUCGGCCAAACAUCAAUUUCAUCAAACCAGGAGAGGUAGGACAGAAGACAGAGGCGGGAAGAUCAUCACUUCUGCUUACCCCUGGUAAGGGCUGGGAGAUGCGCGUUGACCUGGACAAGCUGCUAGUCUUCCCAACUGAGGUAAUACAGACAACGCUAAGACCAGACGUUGUGAUGUGGUCCUCAGCUGCUAAGAAAGUCCUCAUCAUUGAACUAACCGUGCCAUGGGAGGAGGGAAUACCAGUAGCACAUGAGUUCAAACGGUCAAAGUACAGCGACCUGGCAGAGGACUGCAAGGGGGGAGGCUGGUCUGCGUCCAUUCACCCCGUGGAGAUCGGAUGCAGGGGCUUCGUAGGAGGUUCUGCGACCCGGCUCCUGCGUGCGGCGGGAAUGACCGGUUACAGCCUGAGGAGGGCCAUUAAGGAGUUGGCAGAGGAGGCAGAGAAGACAAUAGAUCAGAUCAUGGACAGUACGACUACGGCAUCAGUGGCGGAUGCGGUGGAUGAACCAAUGGCAAUGGCACUAGAUUUGCCUGAUGAGGAGGGCGAUCAAGAUCAGGGAAAUACAAGAGAACAAGGAUGCCAGACGGACUGGGUACCGAUUGGGACAGCACCAACAGCAAUGACCAGUAGCAAGAGCACCCAAACAGGGAAAAUACAUCAUAGAUCAAAGGGACACCAGGUGACCCCAGAUAUCCUCGAGAGGGUUAGAGCUCGGCCGGCCAGGGUUAGUGAAGUCCCAUUGUCAAGUGUAGCAGCUCCAUCUGACAGCCCCGAGAUGCAGACUAACAUAGCAGCUCCAGGUGUGUCUGGAAUGCAAGCCAAGCUACGACCACCUCCUGCAUUGUUUGAUGAAGGACCAGCAUCAAGUCCCACUGCGCCUUUUGUUGGUGGUUCUUCCGAUGACAGCUAUGUGCCGAGUGAGUCAACGACAUCGGAUCCGUGUCAAUCUGACGGGUCGCCAGAUCGCCCAUGUACUCACCAGAUGCGUGAAGAGGGCUGCCACAAGGAACCAAAGUACAUCAUCUUUGAGUCGUGCCUCCAGAGUCUCGUCAAGUGGUGUCACUGUCCAGUCUGUGGCAGCCAGGACAUAAGCCCUUCUUGGGAUUCGAACGGUACACAGCUGACCAUGACUCUUCAAUGUGCAUCAUGUGACCAGAGGAGUAGUUGGAGCAGCCAGCCAAACAUUGGCCCUUAUGCCGCGGGCAACAUCCUGCUGUCUGCUGGCAUCCUCUUCGCUGGGGCAUCUUCUGGCAAGGUGUUGCAAGUGCUGAACAGCAUCGGAGUGGUCACGUAUGUGAAGAGGACAUUUUUCAACCACCAGGAGCUCAUCCUGCAGCCAGCCAUCAAAAAGGUGUGGGAGGAACAGCAACGGACGCACCUCACCAUGCUGCAGGUGGAAGGCCGACCCCUCGUCCUUGGUGGUGAUGGGCGAGCAGACAGUCCGGGACACAGCGCCAAGUUCGGUACCUACACCACAAUGGAGCUUGUGGCCAAUGUGGUUCUCGACCUUCAGGUUGUACAGAGCAACGAAUGUCUUGGCAGCUACCAUAUGGAGAUGGAAGGACUGAAGAGGAUGGUGGAACUGCUGAUCAGCUGGGACCUGGAUGUCGGGGUGCUGGUGACAGACCGACACAGACAGAUCGCUAAAUGGAUUCGUGAAAACAUGCCCAAUACACGGCACUGCUAUGACAUCUGGCAUGUUGCAAAAUCCAUCGGAAAGAAACUGAAGGCCAUCGCCAAGCAUAAGGACUGUGAAGACCUGAAGCCCUGGGUGCAAAGUAUAAUCAACCACCUCUACUGGGCAGCAGUGUCUACACCGCCUGGAGAGGGGGAACUUCUGGUUGCCAAGUGGAAGUCUGUGGAGCGACACAUUCAGAACAUCCACAAGGACCAUGGCGACCUCUUCCCAAUUUGUACUCAUGGACAACUGCAACGGCAAAAGAAAUGGCUCAAACAAAGUUCACGCUCAGCAGUGAAACUGGAGGAGGUGGUCAACAACAAGUCCCUGCUAAAAGAUAUCGCCAUGCUGUCGGGUGAACACCAGACUUCCAAGGUGGAGGCGUUCCAUAGCCUUAUCAUACAGUUCGCACCGAAAAUGUAUGUCUUCUCAUACAUCGGAAUGCUGUGCAGGAACCUGCUUGCUGGGCUGCACUGGAACGAAAAUUCGAGCCGCCCUAUAGCCACUACACAAGCGGGUGCUGAGCGCUAUGCAGUACGCUACCCGAAGUAUAAAGCAGGGGGCCAUGUGGUCAAGAAAAUCGCGACAGAGCCAACAUACCGCUACGUAGAUGACUUGAUCAGGGAGGUUGUUGCUGGCUGCAGACAGACCCCUGACCAGAGAACACCAGUCAGCGUCACUGUGGAUGUGCCUCCCUUCCUCUGCGAUGAACUGGAGAAGCCAGACAAGGAGGAAGCCAUCGCCAAGCACAGGAGUCGCUUCGGUAAGUGUGAAAUGCCCUCCCGGUAACAGUUAGAGAUGCUACCUCAGUAGAAGCAUUUAAGUCCCAUCUUAAAACUCAUUUGUAUACUCUAGCCUUUAAAUAGACCCCCUUUUUAGACCAGUUGAUCUGCCGUUUCUUUUCUUUUCUCCUCUGCCCCCCCCCCCACGUGGAGGGGUUAUUCCGGUGACCAUGGAUAAAGUGCUGGCUGUCCAGAGUUGGGACCCGGGGUAUACCGCUCGCCUGUGCAUCGGUUGGGGACAUCUGCGCUGCUGACCCGUCUCCGCUCGGGGUGGCCUCCUGCUGGCUCCACUGGACCCUCACUAAUAUGUUAGACCCACUCGACAUCCAUUGCUUUCGGUCUCCCCUAGAGGGGGGGGGGUUACCCACAUAUGCGGUCCUCUCCAAGGUUUCUCAUAGUCAUUCACAUCGACGUCCUACUGGGGUGAGUUUUCCUUGCCCGUGUGUGGGCUCUGUACCGAGGAUGUCGUUGUGGCUUGUGCGGCCCUUUGAGACAUUUGUGAUUUAGUGCUAUAUAAAUAAACAUUGAUUGAUUGAC